CAUCCGCUGGGCAGGAUCCGCCGCGCCGGCUGCGGCCGGGCGGGCUAGGAGACCCGCGCAGGGGAGAAGGUGAGGGGACCCGGCGGGUAGCUCCGCACAGACCGGGAAAUGAACGCUUGGAAAUCUGUCUGCGAGCGGACCCAUGAUCGAAGGACCAAAAGAGCCGCGUGAUCGCUGGACCUGGCCCUGCGACCCUAGACAUGGGCCAGACCUCGGUCUCUACGCUGUCCCCGCAGCCCAGCAGCGUUGACGGACUGGAUAAAGCUUCUAUAGCAAACUCAGAUGGCCCAACACCAGGUUCCCAAACACCUCCCUUCAAGAGAAAGGGGAAACUCUCCACCAUUGGUAAAAUCUUUAAACCUUGGAAAUGGAGGAAAAAGAAGACCAGUGACAAAUUUAGAGAAACCUCAGCAGUAUUAGAAAGGAAGAUAUCCACAAGACAAAGUAGAGAGGAGCUGAUACGAAGGGGAGUUCUUAAGGAGUUGCCUGAUCAAGAUGGAGAUGUAACAGUUAACUUUGAAAAUUCAAACGGGCACAUGAUACCCAUCGGAGAGGAAUCUACCCGAGAGGAAAAUGUAGUAAAAUCUGAAGAAGGUAAUGGCUCUGUAGCUGAAAAAACACCACCUCUGGAGGAAAAGGCAGAAGAUAAGAAAGAGAACACUGAAAACCACUCUGAAACACCGGCAGCUCCCGCUCCGCCUCCUUCAACUCUUCCUAAGCCUAAACCCAAACCUAAGCCCAAAAAACCACCCGUGCUUCCAAAAGGGGCUGCGGCUGGGUCCAGCCCUAAGGGUGACGAAGCGCCUACUAUUAAAAAACAUACCAAGGCUCCUGGUAAGCAGGCCCCCAUCCCUCCACCCAAGCCAACAAGCCGAAACACGAGCCGAGAGGCCGCUGGUUCCUCUCAUUCAAAAAAAACAACUGGCUCCAAAACAUCAGCUUCGCCAUCUACUUCUUCCACCUCAUCUCGUCCCAAAGCUUCAAAGGAGACCGUUUCUAACAAAACAGGGACGGUGGGAAUCACAAAGGGCAAGAAAAAAACUGGCAAGCAGCCAACGUCUCAACCAUCCUCCGAUGCAACCACUUCUGGCACGUCCGAGCCUUCGGAGACCAGGGGGGAGAGUCUCCAAAUGGAGCAGACUGUCCCUGGGACCGAGGAGCUGACCACAGGCAAAUCCAAGUCGGCAGUCCCUCCACCGCCUGUGGCCCCUCCACCUCCUCCCCCGGCACCCUCUCUUGCUCUGGAGGAGCAGUGCAUUGUUGCUUCUGACACCCCUGUUGUCCUGGUCAGCAACGGAGACGACCUGCCCGUUCCUGCCUUAGACCCAAGUCAGCUUCUCUGGACUGAAGAGCCAACAAAAAGAACCACUGUCCACUCAGGCACUGGCUUAAGUGUUAACAGAGAAACUGCAAAAUGUUUCAGAACCAAAGACGAAGUGGGAAAGGCAGCCCCGCAGCUCCUGGCUCCUGGGCUGAUGGGAGACUCUUCCGAAUCCUUCAGUGCCUCGGAGGAUGAAGGCCAAAGGGAGUACCGGGCCAAUGACUCGGACUCCGAUGGGCCUAUCUUGUACACAGAUGACGACGACGAAGAGGAUGAGGACGAGGAUGGCAGUGGAGAAAGUGCUUUGGCAAGUAAAAUCCGACGAAGGGAUACUCUUGCUAUCAAACUUGGCAACAGACCAUCUAAGAAAGAAUUAGAGGACAAAAACAUCUUGCAGCGUACAUCUGAAGAAGAGAGGCAGGAAAUCCGACAACAAAUUGGAACCAAGCUAGUCAGGAGACUUAGCCAGAGGCCCACAACAGAAGAAUUAGAACAAAGAAAUAUCCUAAAACAAAAGAAUGAAGAAGAAGAACAAGAAGCAAAAAUGGAACUUAAACGCAGACUCAGCAGAAAGCUCAGCCUGAGACCCACAGUGGCAGAGCUACAAGCUCGAAGGAUCCUGCGGUUUAACGAAUAUGUGGAAGUCACCGAUUCUCCCGACUACGAUCGCAGGGCUGACAAGCCCUGGGCCAGGUUGACACCUGCAGACAAGGCAGCAAUAAGGAAAGAACUAAAUGAGUUUAAAAGCACAGAAAUGGAAGUUCAUGAAGAGAGUCGACAGUUUACAAGGUUUCAUCGUCCGUAAUGAAGUGUGAGACCCUGGAAACAUAGACUGACCAUCUUUGGGGGAAGCCUUGCUUCCCGAAUAGCUGAUAUUGCACUGGGAUUUGAAUGUGUGUGUUUCCGUUUAUCUUGUGGUGAAGGAAGCAUGUAGAAAGUGCUCCCCACUCGUGCAGCCUAGAGAGGGGCCAACAAGCAAAGGGACGGGUACAGUGACCUGCUGUCCAGCAUGCGUACUGAUGGUAAGGGACACCAUUGGUUACACCAUUUAUUCUUCAUCAGGGGUUUUAAUCAAAGAAGAUGAGCAGAAGACAAUCGCUGGCUCCCUUUUAUCAGAAAGCCAAAUGUUAGAGUGCGGGUUUAAAAAAAACAAAAAACGAGGAUUGGAAUGGCUGGGCCCUGGAAAGGGGUGGGGGUUGAAAUCAGAAAGAAAGAGAAAUAUUUCAUUAUGUUAAUGAAGAAAACAGAGAAUUGAAACAUAAAUGUAUUUUUGAAGUAGGCUUUUGAUAGUUGAGACCUUAUUAAGGGAUUUGGAGAUUUCAUCACUCAACAUGGAUUCCUUAAAGACCUGAUCCUAGAAGAAUAUUCUUGUUUCACCAUUAUGUGAUACAGUAUAGUACCAUUAUUUUAUGUUGUGCCAGUGAAUCCAAUUGCCAGAAAUAAGUCUAUGUUUUCAUGCAUCUUUUUCUUAAAUGCGAGAGGCUUUUCCUGACUCUUAUCCAGCAUGCUUACCCAAAUUUUAUUGCAUGCUUUAAGUAGCAUAGCUAUACACACUUUACAUUUCUUUUUAUACUCCUCACCUAAUGUACCAACCUUCCACAAGGAUAACAGGACUGGGAAUAGAGUCAGAUGUGAUGUGACCCAAUAAAUCUAGCAAGCUUUAGAAAUAAAUGUUUUGGUCUUUCCCUAGCUUGAUUAUCUCCAAGGUCAAAAUAACCAUCCUUGAUCUAAGGAAGAUGAUAUCGACAAUCACAUCUUUUUCUAAAAAAUCUGAAUCCAAAGUUAAAACUUAACCAAAAUGCAAGUGUUCUGCCAGCAGUUAGCUCUGAGCGAGAAUUCAAAGGACUGCUUAUUUUCAGUGCUGCAUAAAGUUGGAUCGCUGCUAUUAAAAAGAUAAAGCACAUGGAUUGAAAAAAAAAUACCCAAAGGCUUAAAAGAACACAGAAAUUUUCUGCUAAGUUGAGAGUGAGAAGAACCCCAUUUUGUAUUUUAACAGUCUGCAGAUUGCAUCCGUAAAUAUAGCAUUGACUUUCAGUACAAAAAAAAUCAGAGUUAAUUAAAGUCAUGGAAGGUUUCCCGAUGAGCCCACAGUCAGUAUUGUUUACAUUAAGAAGCUCUUCUUGUCAUCUUGCUGUUUUCCACAGAGUCACGGGCACAGCCCAGCUUCUGCUCCCAAGUCCAUAUGACCAUCUAUAAAUACAACAUUGCAUUUAAUUGUUCUUUCACAGUUGUUUUGUUCCCCUUUCAUUAAAUUACACAUGAGAUGUGUAAUAACAAGACAAGACCUAAAUAGACUUUAUUUUAUUCUCAAAGCUUGGACUAGAAUUUUCUGAAAUAAUUCUGGUUCAUAAUAUAGAAAACUGUAAUUUCCAGUUUCAAGCAAAAAGCAACCAUUUCGUCUGGUGGACAAACUUGGAUCCUGGCCUCUAUUGAUACUUUUAUACUUGAAAUUGGAUGAUGUUGCUUAAAAAUAAAAAAUAAAAAUUAGCCCCAAUUAGCCUAUUACAAAAAGCCAGGAACAUUUUUAACUAAGAAAGUUAACCAGCCUUGUUGCACCUUUUGCCUCACUCAGCUAUGUGCAUUAAUAAAAUAAACCUAGAUUUCUGCACUGUUAUCAUUUAAUUAAUAGGGUAAGACACAUUUUUGCUUUGAAAAAAUGUUGUACAUGCCCAUGUGUCUUUCUCUGGCUGAGGUUUUGUCCAUUUCAUAGUGUUUACAUCCAUCCAUAGACAUGAACUAUGUUCUAAAUUUUUGGCUGAAGUCAUCCUCUUCCUCAUUUUAUUAUCAUUUUUUUGUUUUGGGAAAAAUACUGAGGAAUGUAAUGUUAUUUUAAUUUUCUCUACGUAUGAUCUUCAAAUAUUGUUUUGAUUAAUCACAAGGCCUCACCUCCAUAAAAAUGGAAAAUGAGACAGCACCAUUUUAUCAAUCAGGAUACAUGCCCAAGAAAGUCUCUCUUUGGUUGAUAAAAGGAACGAUUUUUCUCAC